CCAGCAACUUUGGUUAAAUCCGAUCCUUUAGAUGAUCUACAAUUUUUAGAAUGUAUUAAGAUAAAAGAUCAAGCACUGCUCAGAAAAGCAAAGAAUAUAUUAGAAUACACUACUGGAUAUCAAACUUCUGAAAAAAACAAGCUAAAGAAUAUUGUAGAAGAUGUUAUUAAAACUGAAAUAAAAAAAAACAGCAAACAAAUAUGUAAUGAACUUAAAGAUAAUAAUGUCUUAGUAAUCGAAUUUAGUCAAGCAUUAGAGUGGCUUAAACAAUUAUGUGAUAAUAUUUUUAUUGUCAUAGUAAAUAAUUAUAAUAAACCUCAAGAUAAUUUUACUAUCGAAAUUGAUAAUUUUUGCUAUGCUGAG